AUGAACCACACGCGCGCCGUUGUCGCCUCGGCAACAGCCUGGGGAAAAAAUAUGGCUUCGCUCGGCCAAGGCGAGGUCGAGUCUACGGAUUCGAUCAAAAAGCUCAUCUCCGAGUACAUGGAGGAGCACGACGACGUCAUCGCGCACACCAGAAAGGUGUACGAGGACAUCGAAAUUCUUCGCUCGAUGCGCAAGGAGCUCGUGGCCGUGACCGUGGACGACCCCCCGCUCCCAGUGAUCGACAUGACCGGUCACUACGAGGCGGCCAGCCUCGGCCAAGCGAUGAACUGCGACUGCCCGAAUUACCCCCCAGGGGUGAACAAGAAUUGCGCGUGCCCGGACGAAGGGCAUGGCCUCACCGUAAUCAUGAGCCUCCUGGAAGAGUACACCAAAGCGCACGACGACGUGAUCAAGGAGACCGUGGAGCUGUCCCGACAGCUCGACGGGCUCCGGUCUCAGCGCGACAACAUCAUCAAUCAGUCCGUGGACAACCCCCCGCUCCCGACGAUCAGGAUGGUCGGCAGUAAAGCUGACGACGAGAAAGAGAACGCCAUGCUCGGUGAGGAGGAGUUGGAGGAGUUCCGAAAUUCUGCGCCGACGACCGAGAUCACGCGCCUCAUCGCGUCAUACACCGAGUUGCACGACAAGGUCAUCGCGGAGACCAAGGUGUUGGCGAGUAGGAUCGCGGCUCUCCGCUGGAAGCGCGGCCUGAUCAUUCACGAGACCGUCGGAACGAACCCGGUUCCGGCUAUCGACUGGACCGGCGGCAAAGAUCAAGUGACCGCCCUCGCCUACGUGAGCGGCACCGUCGACGACUACGCUCCUUCGUAUGUUAACUCCGGGGUGGAAUUCUUGAACCACUCGAUGAACAUGGAGUCGUCGCCCGUUGAGCCUGCGGUUAUGCCAAGCUCCACGGUGGACUGCGUUGUACCCGAUUGGUGCUCGUGGGAGGGGCAAAAGUCAAAACCGGAGUGCACGUGCCCGGACAACUCAGACAACUCGAUGCCGGGCUCCACGAUGGACUCCAUGCCGGGCUCCACGAUGGACUCCAUGCCGGGCUCCACGAUGGACUCCAUGCCGGGCUCCACGAUGGACUCCAUGCCGGGCUCCACGAUGGACUCCAUCCCGGGCUCCACGAUGGACUCCAUCCCGGGCUCCACGAUGGACUCCAUCCCGGGCUCCACGAUGGACUCCAUCCCGGGCUCCACGAUGGACUCCAUCCCGGGCUCCACGAUGGACUCCAUCCCGGGCUCCACGAUGGACUGCGUUGUACCCGAUUGGUGCUCGACGUACCCCCCGGAGAUGGCAAAGGAAAAACCGGAAUGCCAGUGCCCGGAGUCCAUGCACCCCAUGCCGGGCUCCAUGAUGGACUCCAUGCCGGGCUCCACGAUGGACUCCAUGCCGGGCUCCACGACUGUCGAUGAGUUCAACUCGGACAACUCCACAACAGUCGAUGAGUUCAACUCGGACAACUCCACAACAGUCGAUGAGUUCAACUCGGACAACUCCACAACAGUCGACGAGUUCAACUCGGACAACUCCACAACAGUCGACGAGUUCAACUCGGACAACUCCACAACAGUCGACGAGUUCAACUCGGACAACGCUACUGCGGUGCCCGAGCCCGAGCCCGAGGAUUACCACUACGAAAAAAUCGCGAAUAGAGCUGUGCAAGGGCAUGGAGCAUCAGGCGCGUGCGAUGAAAGACUGUAUUACGGAAAUGUUUCUGGUGGCAUCCAAAGGUGCGAAGAGCAGUGCAAUCAGUGCGCCGACUGUAAAGGCUUCGUGGAUAACCGAGACGCUUCGCCCGCAUACUGCGUUUUCAAAAGUUCGUCGAAUGUGUACGAGAAGUCAUCGAAGGAUUGGUAUGGAAAGCAAUAA